AUUUCAUGUUUUCCUCAGACAAACAUGGAGGGCUUAAUACAUCUUUCCAUUCUUCUGUCGAUUGCCUAUUCCACGUGUGGUAGUAAUGUCUCUCUGAGUAUUGCCUUCACUUCUGUUACCACUGACAACCUGACGAACUCCAUUAUGUUCUACACUGAGAUUCUGGGUGGGAUGCUGGCCCCAGAGUUCAUGUUCCGCUACUCUGGAAAUCAACAUCACAACAUGAUGUUCCAGAAGGAGAUCCUCCAAGCCCGACAGAGCAAGGUGGCACCAGCGGUCUUCGGGGUCCCGGACAUCAGCGAUAAUGGGACAUACGAGGUUGUUGGUGCUUUCGUAUUCUUAGACAACGCUGUUAUACAGCUGCUACAGUUUGAGAGCAAACGCAAUCCUGGGGCCAUUUUCAAUGUUACUGAUCGACGCUCUAGCCCAGCAGUUGUCCCCAAUGACCAUAUGUGCAUUUUGGUGAAACCCAGUCUCAACCUCAAUACAUAUGUGCAUGCUUUGGAAACACGUGCACGCCAGCUAGGCUUCAACAGCGUGAAGGCCAAUAGACCCGUCACCGUCCAUAGUGAGGCUGAGAGACAGAAUGUUCCAGUACAGAACUAUACUUUGCCAAUCGGUGCCGCAGAUACUCACUGGCAAUGGGCUUACCUGAAAGGGCCGUCCGGUGAACAAAUAGAAUUAAACAAGCUUGUAGGAGAUUAUGCUUUGGAAAUUGGUAAAGAAUACUGCAAAAGAAAGGCAGUUAGUACCAUGUUCUUGGACAAACCUCAUCCUGACAAUGAGUGGAAGGUUCACGCGGGGCUUACUGGGCAAACGUAUGGACUCUUCCAGCAUGGGACGCGGGCUAGAAGCAUGUUAGGCUCGACUGAGUUCUACACCGAAAUAUUGGGAGGAUCUGUAGGGAAUAUUGAUGGCUUGGGAUGGAAUGGUGAUGGAAACCAGAACAUGUUGUUCCAGAAGGAGAUGCUUCAAGCAGAGGAAUGGCACGUUGACUACCAGAGUCUUGGUAUUGCAAACCUGACAUCGUCAGGAAAUAUGAGCUUUGCUAUCAGAUGGAGUUACUUUAACAACUAUGUGGUGGAGACGGUUGAAUAUGACACAGGCAGAAAUUACAGCUAUCCGAAGUUUAAUCCUACAUUCAACCUCAGUACACCAGCUUUGAUCAACAGUAUGCGCAUAACCUUCCUAUUGCCAGAGUCAGUUGAUAUGAAUUCCUAUUUAAGAGAUGUGGAACAGAGGUCAGCUGCCCGUGGAUUUCCACAGGUUAAAGGAAACAGGGCCGUUGAUGUGACCACUCUCGGUCAGCAGGUUCCCUUAGAGGACUACAGCGUCACCUUCACCGAUGGAGCACUCCAGGGACUCCGAUACUCCUAUCUGAAAGGUCCUUCUGGAGAGCAGGUGUCAUUUGUGCAGUUUACUGGCCCAUCUUCUGAGAAGCUGAAGAACGCCCUCUUGCGGUACAAUGCUGUCAGUACUGCCUUCCCAGAAACCAAUCCCUGGAACAAAGGCGGAUAUGACGAGUAUUGUUCACAGUUCCCACCAUUUCAAGAGUAAAGGCGACAGUUUAUUUAUACAUGUACAUUUGGUACACUUUUGUAUAUUACACACAGUAAGGUCCUCUGCGAAUCUAAAUCUUGCCACAACAUACAUCCCUAAUUGGCUAUAGACAAAUUCUCAACGUGAAUGUGGCAGAACUUUUAAGGUAAAUGUCGCGUAUGUUAGUGUUUAUGAUCUGGAUAUGAAUUUAUUUAUGAAUAUGUGUAUAUAUAUAUCAGAUAUUUGGGCUGGCUCACCUUAAUUCAUCAAGUAUAACAUGGGGACAAUACAAAGGGUACCGACCUGAUCUUUUUCAACAUGAUAUCGUUGUGUGAACUUUCAUUAACAUUUUCAUAAAGGAUAAAAGAGUUUGCUUUUA